GAUACAUGGGCGAAUGCUCCACGCCGGAGGAGCAGUACCCGCAGCAACGGAUUGACCAGUUGAGCGACAGAUGUCGCACUUGCUGUCCUGGGAUGAUCCGUCAUCCUCAUCAUCAGCAGACGAGCAAAAGUAAUGCCUUUUCCUCGCAAACUGGUGCUGCUCCAUCAUCAGCAAGCAUCACUCUGCUCACUGGCCGAGAAGUUGGCACGCUUUGGGACAAGCUGCUGAAUCUGGACAUCAUCAAGGCGACGUUUGGGUCGCCGUUUUUGGACGCCCAUGUCUGCGGCCACGUGGCGUCCACUCCGGCCCUGGCCAAGUUUCACGUGUUGAGUUGUCCCGACGUGCCUGAAGACCCGCCGCCGGAUUACGGCUAUGAACUGGCUCUUCGUUAUUUCGCUCAGAAGUCAGAGAGAAUCUACCUGCUGUUGGACAUCACCAGAGACAUUGACCAGAGACUCCACUUGGCCAUUGAAGCCCUGGGCGACUUCCAAUCCCGUCUGGCCUUUGUCUUCACCUCUCCAGAACCCUGCACUGACAUUGGCUACUGGCUCAAUCGCUACAAUUUCACAGCCUGGAACUUGUCAAAGAUCCUCUUGGCAUCACGACCUGUACCGCACACAUCAUGCAAUAUGCCGAUGAUCAUAAAAAGCCCCAGGAUCUACGUGCGUUUGUUUGCCAAGUGCGACACGGCGUGUGCGUGGUAUCGCAGCGACAUCUAUGACGCGUGGGCCGACUUGCGCGACCUGAGUAAAUUCCAGGUGACGCGCCUGGCGUUCGAUGCGAGGCGUCGCGCGAUCGUGGCCCUGGUUUUGGCCACUUUCCACAAUUUUGUGUUUCGCACGUUGACGCUCAAGAGGAGAGAGUUGAGGUCAGGGUCAGCUGGAAAGGCCAAGACUAGGUUGAGACAGGCCCAGUUGUCUGUGAGGAAACUGCUGAUGCCCACACAGUCUGGCAACUGGAAACGGAUGAAUGUGGGAUCCAGAGGUACUCUUGGAUUUUAUGGAAACUCUGUUGCAAGUCAGUGUCAGAUCAGAGGACUGGGAAGUGCAUCCCAGACAGUAGCUGAGCAGGAACUGCAGAGUGUCAAUCACCAAAGGGAUGUGCCCCUGUGUUCAGCCCUCAAGCAAUUGGACUGGGUGCAAAGUUUGGGGCCAGAGUUUCCACAUUUUGGGGCUGAGUUGUUGCUGGCAUUGCAGGAUGCCCUCAUGUACAAGGAGUAUGCUGUCAAUGUGCACAUUGAGGACACACUGAUGGAAGCUGCCCUGGUGGGCUACCAGAAGCUGAGCAGAAUUGCUGAGAAACUCCACACAAAACACAGUGAAAUGUUCGUUGAUUUCGAUCCCAUGGGCAGCCUGGGUGAAGGAAGGGCCCAUUUUGACGAGGUGAUCCCUGUGAAUGAGCACAGCUCUUUCGAUAGGACCUUCCAGCAAGCACUUGUAGAGCAGAACACAGAGCGUAUCUCCGUCAUGCUCAUUACGCACCGCGAACUUCCGUUUCCGGUCCCCAAUGGAACUGCUCAGCGCACUGUUGACAUCACAGUCUCGAAAUCGAGUGAGGGUGUCACUAGAGAAGAAUUCCUCACAAUCAUGCAUUUGACAUCCAUGAAAACUGCUGGAAAGGACUUGCCAAUGCUUGUUCCUCACCGUCUGGUGACACCUUGGAGACGGAAACCUUUUGCAAAAUUGGCAAAAUGUUGGCUCACUGAAAAAGGGGCAUCCAAGUUGCCAACUGCACAACAGAAAUUGGCUGGGAAUUUUUGCAUGGCCAAGAAGAAAAGCUACCGACACUUGCUCAAGGAUGCUCUCGGGUUGAAAUUCGGGGUCGGGCCGAGUGGGGAGGAAUUUGGCACAAUAUCUGCGCAAAAACCCGGGCCAGUGAAAUGUGCCUCUGAAGUGACAGCGUCGGAACUUGGUUCUUCUCGCACUAAAUCCUCUUGGAGUGCCUUGUUUGACCCUCAGAAAGUUUGUAAAUCAAAAGCCUUUCAAGAGGACACGGACUGCUUUGAGUAUCACUUGUGCUGGGGAUCAUCACCAACAGGACAGCAUUUCGUUCGAAUUCGGGCUUCAGGAAAUCCCGAACGCCGCGUGAAUUUCUCGGAUCAUCCGAAACCCUCAGGAGGCACCAAGGAACCCAUUUUAUUGUCACAAGCAACGUCAUUCGGCAAAUUAAUGGAUCAAAGCAGGAAUUAUGAUCAGCUUGGAGUUGAAAACUGUCACAAGAAGAGCUUCACAAUA